GCUUGGGACCAGAACGGUCAAGAGCACAGGCACGGUUAAGGGCGGUUAUAGGGAGUCAACACAACAUCAGAGGGGGUAGUUGGCGCGGGUGAGAGGGUUGGUAGCUGACAUCAUCAUCAGAGGGGAGACAAAUUCUCUCUCCCCCUUGGCUGUGAGUCAGUUGUGAGCUGAUAUUCGACAAGAUCGGAUGUGAACUAAUCCUCGAAAGGAUUUAACGUAAUAAGUAACUGGCAGAGUCCUGAAAGGAUAUUUCACUCAAACCUGUUCGCAAGGAAUUGCUCUUCCUUUCAAUUAGACGUCACGUAUUCGCGCCAUGCCGAAGUUACAUCAAUUCUAUAUCGUGAGAUAAAUCCAGUAACUUAAUAACAACAUUUGUGUUUUCCAAUUACGAAUAGUGACCAACAUGUGAAUAAACUAACUAACUUUUUAAUUCGAAAUGUAAUGUUUCGAAACAAUUAUCAUAUAAUAAUUUGCAAAAAAGUUGUUCUUCCGUUCUUCUGAACUAUUCGAGAAUAGUUUUAAAGACAAUUUUCUUCGUGAAAGUGCUUUAAGUGUGAACACAGUUAAUGGAGCUAAGUGUGUUGUGAAAUCGGGAAAAAAUCUGUCUAAAGCUCAUCUUUAAACAGAAAAUAAAUAAAUAAAAGACAGUAAUUUGCUUCUAAAGUUCAGUGACAAUGGAGCUGAAUAAUUCGUAUCGUUUACGAAACAAAUUCACUGUUUUAACGAGUCAUCAGUGCAGAAAGUGUCAUCUUUUAUGUGGUAAAAACAAAGGAUGUGCAUUACGUAAGGAUUUCGUGACCAUGUAUGGUUAACAAACUCAAAAGGAUACAACGAAUUAAAAAAAAAUCAGCUGACAUGUCUUUCCCUUGUCGGCGAAAAGAACUAAUACAGCGAUUCAAAUUUAAUUUGUGUUUUGCCAACAUGCUACGCUGUUCAGUUUCAUUAGAGCACAUUACGUAUUUGUUUAUAUUCGUCUUGUCUCCCUUACAGCGCAAAUCCGCCACUUUUGUCUACUCAUGUCAGCAAAAACUGACCGCCAGAGCGUAGCAGGUCUGCGAAAGCGUUCUCAGUGUCCCCAAGAGAACUUGAAUGCACUCAUCACACCCAAAGUUCAGGCAUGUAGACUGACAUACUAAUUUACAUUGACAUUUUAAGCCUCACGAAACACAAUAUAUCGCAUUGUUUUUUUUUAUUUCGGAUCUAUUCACAUUUGCGCUUUAAAUUAUUGUCCCCACAGCAACAAGUGUUGCCAAAAAAAUACAUACUAAUGAACGGAUGUGCAAAACUAUUUAUUUAUUGCGUCAUUUAUAUAAACAAAUGAAAAAUUAAUCUCGACAAAAUAAAACAUACCUAUGCACUGUAUUUUAUUUUUAUGAAUGAAUAUGUUUGCACUGCUGACAGUACAUUUUUGUUUAUCUGAUUUAAUUAAAAGUCGAAUAAAUAACGAUAUAUCGAAGGCAUGAGGACAAAAUGACCUUUCACACUUCACAGAAACGAUCAACGCAGUGAGACAUGUGAACUACCUUAAGUAGCUUCCCAACAGGACAAUGGACAUCCCCCUAUAUCGCGUGUUUUAAAACAACAUGGCCCAAAAGUUGUUAGCAACCGCGCUAGUGUUAGUAGUGGUGCAGGCAGACGGCGGGACGGAACCGAGUUCGUGCCCCAUUAAGUGUGUGUGCGUGAACGCGACGGCUGCCUCGUGCGCAGGGAUCGACAGCGACCUGCGUCAUCUUCCGGUGUCCAUGAGGAGCCUUGAGGUUCUUAACACGUCAAGACCUGACAUCAUUGCAGACGUCGCCGGGGUAACUCUUCCCACCCUCACAGAACUGGCCUUAACAAACUGUCGUAUCCGCGCCCUAAAGAGCGGACAAUUCGCGAGUUUGGAUCGCGUGACAAGACUGCAUCUCACAUCUAAUUUCAUUACGAACAUGCCCGAAGGAGUGUUUACUCAUAUGAGUUCUUUAAAAGUGUUAAAUCUCAGCGGGAACUCUAUUUCUGAUGUCAGUACUCGUUGGCUGAAAGACCUGCGGAGUCUUCAGGUGUUGGAUAUAUCUUCCAAUAACAUUUCAAAUUUGGAAGAAGAUGCGUUUGCAUGUCUUCCAGCGCUACAAAUGUUGAGUUUCAGUGAAAACCAGCUUUCAGCUGUUUUGCCGAGUAUGUUUAGCGGUCUCAACAACACUCUAUAUUUCCUCGAUCUGUCGUUUAACAAGAUAUCGCUUUUAAACACCGAUGCAUUUGGCGGCCUUCACAGUCUAAGGACGCUUAACUUGGCUGGGAACAACCUUCAGGUUCUACAGGAACACUGUUUCAAUGGGCUGAUAAGUCUCCAGCAAUUAGAUGUAUCCGAAAACAACAUCUCUUCCCUUGAUAAUGGUGUUUUUAAAGAACUUAACAAUCUCCAAAGACUUAAUUUGAGUGGAAACCGGCUGGAAACGCUUAGUGAUCAAUGUUUCUGCGGUCUCAUGCAUCUCCAGCAGCUCGAUGUGUCAUGUAAUCGGAUCUCCAGUGUGUCUCCCGGCACGUUCCAGUCGUUGGGCGGACUCACGGAUCUGUUACUGGCCGACAACCCGGUGCUGGGCCGCUUGAGACAGGAGCUCAUGGUCCUGGUAGGGACAGGCCGGAGACUUCAAGCCGUGGACGUAUCAAGAUCAGGUCUCACUCAAGUUCCGGCAGCGCUCACGAGAUCUAUCCGUACUUUACAAUUAGCGGGAAACUCGGUGACCACCGUCCAGUGUGGAGACCUGGACAGCUACCCUCUUCUUCAACUUCUGAAUCUUGCUGACAACCAGAUAGAAGAAGUGGAAGAAGACGCCCUUGGAAGGCUUGAACUGCUCUCCACUCUGUAUCUGUCAGGCAACCAUCUCCAUACCGUACCACGGAGCUUGCCGUCGGGGUUAAUAACCCUCCAUCUACAGGGCAACCGCAUUCAAGAACUGAACUCAAGUGACCUCCAAGGUCUUCCUCAUCUCAAAUUUUUGUCACUGCGUUGUAGUGGUAUCAUGAUCAUACAGAAUGGUGCGUUCAAUCAGUUGACAGCACUGGAGAUCUUAGAUAUGUCAGAUAAUCCUCUGAAAAGUCUUCCAGGAAAUGCUCUAUCAGGACCACUAAUGACUGUUCUUAGACUGUCGCAUCUUGACGGCAUUAGUUCUUCUGCAUCUAAUGCUACAGAGAUGUCUUUCCCAGUUACAUCGCCUGAGAGGUUAGAAGUGUUAGAACUUGAUUCAAGCCCAGUUCUAGCUGAACAGCUUCUGGCUGAUACGGCUGCUCUUGCGGCCUUUCGUCAACUUCGUGAGUUAAAUCUCGUUAACACUGGACUGACAAAUCUUCGGUCUGAUUUGUUCCACUUCCUCCCACGGCUCCGUACACUCCGGUUAAACGGGAACCUGUGGGAAUGUGAGAACAUGCUCUGGCUGGCCAACUGGGUACGUCAACAGCAGAAACACCAGCAACAGGAAUUGGAAACCUCCCUUCAGGAUGCCUACUGUGCAUCCCCUCCACAUCUUGCUUCUAGACCUGUCAUCCAUAUUCAUGACGAAGAUUUCAACAUCACAACCAGCAGCACACAACCAUCUACAUUCCUCUCUAUGCCAGUGAAAAGCAACACUUAUGAAGCAACUACAGAAACCAGGUACGAUGCAUCAGUUACAACAGAAAUGUUUUCAAUUUUCAAAAUAUUCAAUACAGUGGUCUCUCAUAACAUAACACCUUUCACUCCUCUCCCUGAAGGUUCUCUGGAUAAUCAGUCACGAGAACAAUUAUUCACCAAACUACCUACACACUCUAUACAGCACUUCAAUACCAACAGCAAUUCAACAACAACCACAUUUAAAACAGCUGAAAUGUCACCUUUCAAUGCCACAAACAAUGUUCCCACAACCACACAACCUGAAAAUUCUUCCACUGCCAAUAAUGCAUUUGCAAUUCCUUCCACUUUCAUAGAAUCAGAAGAAGUCUUAUUCAAUACUACCGCGGUUUAUGAAGAUAACUUCGUUACUAACAUCAAUUCCAGUGAUUCAUUAUCAGUCACAAGCAGAUCUGAUUUUGAUGAUGAUUUUAAGACUGCCCACUAUACAGACAUCAGAACUUCAAGAACUUUAUCUGUAGAUGAAGUAUCCAGCAACUAUAGUAUUCAUAAUGCAGUUUCUCCAACCAAAAACUAUACAAUGACCUAUCCAACUAAUGACAAUACAGAACAGAAUCAAGUAACAUUUCUAACUACACCCGGUUUAAAAGCUCAGUUCAAAGUAAUGAACAAAAAUGUACAUGAUGAAAAAAAAUUUCUAUUCACAGGGGAAAACUCAACAGAGAGAAAUGAAAAAUCAUCCUAUAAUAUUAAAAAUAUUACUACACAAAAUCAAAGUAUUGCUUCAAAAACUACAAUCACAGUUCUGCAUAUAAACGUAACACACUCUGAAAACCAUAAGAUAUAUAUCAACAUUCCAUCAAACUCCACAAGAAAUAUUUUCCCAAACAAAUCUUGGACACAACACAAAUUCUUUCGUAACUCGAAGAAUAAGGGCGUUCUUCCAAGUACUGAGCCCAUUCAAAGUGUACAUGAUAAUCUGAACCUCUACAAAGUUGCUUCAAAUUCCAUGAACAAUGAUACAGUACUUAAACAAACUUUCACCAACAAAGACCCCCCAAAAUGUAAACAUUAUCAUCACAAGUCUCUUAAUAACAUCAUACAAGGAGAUGAGUCUCUGAGAUCAGACAUUCAAGAAAACGUAACCAGAGAUAACACCAGUCCACUAGAGGCAAGUCUUUUCAACAAAACUUCAGAAAAUCACAUAAAUGAAAGUUCAGAUCUUACAUAUAAAUCUGUACAUUACACCGAAUUCAAUUACCAUAACAUGAACACAAACAUGACUACUAACCAUUCCACCUCAAAUUCCAAAAUUCAAGUCCAAAGCCCAUCAAAUAGUUCUGUUCACAACUCUGCAUAUAGGAACCAUUCUAGCAUGGUUCCUACAGGCUUUUAUGUAAAUAAACUCAAGUUUGGAGACAGAUACAACUCUGUGAGUUUAGAGAAAGUUGUGGUAUCAGAACAUGGCAAUGCGACAAUUAGUGGUAUGAACAAUGGUGUGAGUGUUACUUACAACAAGAUAUACGGCAAAAGUGACAUUACUACAGAACAGCAACCUAAAGUAACUUCAUACCUCGAUGCAGAGAAACUAGGUUUUGAGAAUGUGACUCUUGCCAUAGGAGACAAGUCUGUGUUUUACAGUAGCCAUGCUAGUGAUGCAUUUGCUUCAAGUGUACACGUAACAAUUAAGGAGAACAUUUCAACAUCUCUGUUCUCGGGUUCACAUCCUAGUAUGUUUGUUUUGUUGGGUGUGGGACUUGCCAUGGCAGGUGCAUUUGCCAUGGCAAUAUCACACUGUGCAAAACGUAGAAGACGCCAAGCUGUUGAAUACAGUCGACAACAGGACAUUGAGGUUAGAAGUAUGUCAAGUAUUGGUGAUUUGUGGUGACAUUCGCCCAGAUACUAAAGUAUGGUUCCCAUAGGACAGCAAUAUAUAAUCAUAAGGAAAUUGGAUAAUGCCCAUUAAAUACAUAAAAAUCAUGUUUCAGUCAAUAGAAUGAUUGAUCAUUUCAAGUACCAUGAACACAAAGAUAUGUUCAUGAAUAUCAGAGCAUGUUAUUUUUCAACAUACACUUCUGAAAUAAUGAAGCUGUAAUAAGAUGUCCCUGCCUCACUGACCAAGAAUGCCCAAACUUAAAUAUCAGUACACUGAUUGAUGAGGAAAUUACGCAUCAUUUCUACUGUUUUGAUAUAAUACCAAAAAUGCAGAGCUGAGUUAACAUGUAUGCUGAAUAACAAUAGCAGAAAUCAUUCCUGACCUAGAUGAAGCAUCGAGAGAUGAUUACGAAAUUGAGCAUAUAAAGUUUCUGGCAAUAUAAAUGUCAAUGCCAGAGGUCAAUGAUUGUCAUGUGUAGGAAAAGCUAUACUUUUUGAUGGGUUUAAUUUACAACAGAGAGGUCUGCCAGGCCAUUGUCUCAUCAGCUAAUUUAAUAAGUGUUACAAAAGUGCAGCAUACUGGUGUGCCAUGAAAACAAUAUAAUUGUACCAUGUGAUUUACUUAUUUUCCAUUUUAAUAAUGUACUUUCUCAACCUUGGAAUUGGGGUUUGAUUACCAGCAGAGGCAAGAGAUUUUCCUCUUUUCCACAGUGCCCAGAGCAGCACUGGUCCCUGUCAAGGCUGAAACUGGAACCCAGAAUAUCCAAAAUACCAAGGAUGAGCACUAUCUACUCAACCAAUCAUCUAGUGUUUCAUGGGGGAAUUAAAGAGAAAUAUAUGACUACUUGAAACACAUACAGGGUGUUUCACGACUUUAGGGCAUAACUGCAGGAGGUGAUUUCCUAGGUCUUUGUGAUCAAAAAA